AUGUCUCAAUACAGACUGUCGCAGCUAGCACCUCUUCCGGAACUCGGAGGAAUUAAAAUAGGAAAUACUGUUGGGCAUGGCGGAUUUGGGGUUGUUAAAUCGGCAGUAGCCAAUUUCCAUCACUCCAAGAUGGUUAUUGCUGUGAAAUUUGUUCAUAUACAGAUGGCAGCAAGGCAGAGAGUUACAGUAAAGAAGCUUAUUCGAGAAGCAAAAAUACAGGGAGCUUGCAGACAUAAGAAUAUUAUAGCAAUGUAUGAUUAUGGCAUGGACUCCAACUGGGUGUGGAUGGCAAUGGAAAUGGGAAGUAACGGUGAGCUUUUUGAUAAGAUAGAGCCAGAUAGGGGUGUUGAUGAGGAGGUUGCACAUUUCUACUUCAUACAGCUUAUAAAUGCGAUCGAAUACAUACAUAGGCUAGGUGUUGCACACUGUGAUAUCAAGCCUGAGAACUUGGUGCUGGACAGUGGGGGAAAUUUGAAGCUAACAGACUUUGGCCUUGCAGUGGUUUUCAGGAAGAAAAAUGGUCCCAAGAGACUUUCCACUUUGCCUUGUGGAUCUCCUCCAUAUUUGGCACCGGAAGUGGUAUCGAAAAAAUACGAUCCUGAGAUAUCGGAUAUAUGGUCAUGCGGAAUGGUGCUCUUUGUACUUUUGACCGGAAAGAUUGCGUGGGAAAUUCCCCAUCCAGAAGAUCCAGAUUAUAAGUACUUUGUCGAAAACAAGGGUGAAGUCCUUGUAGCUCCUUGGAACAAACUUCCAAUUGGGGCCCUUUCCUUGCUCCGAAAACUUCUCAAUCCGGAUCCACAGAAAAGAAUUACUAUACCGACUCUCAAGAAGCAGCCGUGGUUUGCAAAGAAGAACUGCUUCAUGAACUCCGAAGGUCUUUGCAAAGAUACAUUGCAUCUUACAACCCGUCUGCUUGUCAGUCUAUACAUUAAUCUUUCUGAUGAAGAGUUCAAUAAGGUCAGUGAGACUGCCACCCAGGCGAGUACGACAAAGAAGCUUCCAGAAACACAGCCUGUUGAAUACUUAAUGGAUGAUUUGGCACCUUCAUCCUCCCUUUACAAGGAUAACUACAAGUCAUCCAAGAUGUUUGCUUCCUCCCAGAUCGAGUACACUGAGCACACUAAGAGGAGAAAAUUGAAGAGAGAGUCGAACGAUGAUAAUCUUAUUUUCUCGCUGAUAUCAAAGGAUCCGGCCUCGCUUCAAUUUAUUGGAAAAGGAAGGGAAAAGGCCAUCAGCGACAAAAUUUCAGAGCUUCAACUUAAUAGUAGGCGUGCACCAGACUUAUUGGCUUUAAGCCUCACAAGGUUUUUCUCUGUUGCACCUUUAAAGCAGAUCCUUCUGACUAUCUUGGAAUCCUUGUUGAAGCUUGGGUUAAGAACAAAUAGAGAUUAUGAAGACAACGAGAGCAUGGUGAAGUCUUUGAGUGAGAGUGAUUCCUUAAGUGGUACUGUUUCUAUACCUAUAACUGGUAGGGAUUCCGGAAAUCUUAUGAUUAAUGGUCUCAUUAGGAUAACGAGAAUUGCUGACAACUUGAACGCUCGAAAAGUUGAAUUCAUAAAAACCAAAGCUGAUCCAUUGGAGUGGAGACGAAUUUUCAGAAAAGUGACUGUUUUAUGCCGUGAUAUUGUUUAUGUUGAAAAGUAA